GGGGAUGAUCGCAGGCUGGCAGCACAGAUUUGUAUUUGCAGCCAGAGAGUGAGGAGCACAAGUGUGACAGGUUACUGGACUGCACACACACAUACAGAUCGGCAUUACCCGGUGCCCAGCCACAGCAAAAUAUCCUGGGGUUGUCGCCUUGAAGCAUCUGCACCAAGAUGGAGAAGAUGACCAGGGUCUUACCGCUCAACCCAACUUUUUUACCUCCAACGUACGGAGUGCUGAAAUCCCUGCUGGAGAACCCCUUGAAGCUGCCGCUACAUCACGAUGAUGCCUUUUGCAAAGAAAAAGAUAAAGAGAAGAAGUUAGAAGAUGAUAGCACAGCCACGUCUGUCACCCAGUCGGCCUUCCUGGGGCCAACUCUCUGGGACAAGACCUUGCCAUAUGAUGGAGACACCUUCCAGCUGGAGUACAUGGACCUGGAAGAGUUCCUUUGUGAAAAUGGGAUUCCACCUACCCAAUCCCCACAUGAACUGAACUCUCAUCAGCCUAGCCUCCCGCCACCCCCAGUGACCUCACCUACUGUCAUGGAUCUGAGCAGCCGAGCAUCUACCUCUGUCCUACCAGGCCUGGUGCCCCAGAACUGCAUGCACAGUCCAGUGAGACCUGGUCAAAUUCUGCCCGCACACCGGAACACGCCAAGCCCAAUUGACCCAGAAUCCAUCCAGGUAGCCGUGGGCUAUGAACCAGACCCAGCAGAUCUCGCCAUUUCCACCAUUCCAGGGCAGGAGAUGUUUGACCCACGUAAGCGCAAAUUUUCAGAGGAGGAGCUCAAGCCACAGCCAAUGAUCAAGAAGGCUCGUAAAGUCUUCAUUUCUGAAGAUCUGAAGCAGGAUGAAAAAUACUGGGCAAGGCGCAGAAAGAACAACAUGGCCGCCAAGAGGUCAAGAGAUGCACGGAGGCUAAAAGAGAACCAGAUCGCCAUCCGAGCCUCGUUCCUUGAGAAGGAGAAUUCCGCCUUACGGCUGGAGGUGGCCGACCUCAGGAAAGAGAUGGGAAAAUGCAAGAACAUUUUGGCAAAGUACGAAGCCCGACACGGGCCCGUCUGAAAGCCUUGAUGGCCACGCAGACGCAUGGACACCUUCAUCUUGGCCGCGUAGCACUAAAACACAUACCAACCUAAUUCUGUCAUCAGCACUUUACUGGAAGAAGAAACUGACUUGCAAUUUCUCUUUUUUUUACCAUUACUAUUUCAUUAUUAUUUUUUUUUUCUCAUUUGUGUUUUCGCCUCAGCACUUUCCAUACUAUGAAGCGCUUUAUGAAAGGGUAUCAAUUACCUUGACUGUGUAUAAUUAUAAAAAGAAAAUCUGCUGUAGCAAACUGCUUGUUUUUCCAAUACCCUCAACAUUUUGCUCUGGAGUGAAACUGGGGACACUUAUGCAAAGUAGAGCAAGAAGAACUUAUGGAACAAUAUUGACCUUGGCUGACUUUGCAUGUCAUGGGGUCUAAGUUGUAUAAACUGUUCAUCAUGCAUU